GCGUAAUUUACCGAAAAGUUAAGAGCACAUUACUCUAGAAUCUUCUUUCCUAAUUUCAGUACGGCCGCACCGUUUUCUGCCCUCGUCGCCAUUCGUUCAACAACCCAUGAAACCCUAGCUGAGCAAUAAUCAGUGCUCCAUAUCAAUCAAUAAGCAAUAAUGGCGGAGCACUUGGCCUCCAUUUUUGGAACAGAGAAGGAUCGGGUUAACUGCCCGUUUUACUUCAAGAUCGGCGCCUGCCGCCAUGGCGAUCGAUGCUCCCGCCUCCACAAUCGCCCCACAAUCUCUCCGACACUCGUUCUAGCCAAUAUGUACCACCGACCGGACAUGAUAACUCCCGGCGUCGAUCCCCAGGGUCAGCCUAUUGACCCCAAGAAGAUCCAGGAGCAUUUCGAGGACUUUUAUGAGGAUAUAUUUGAGGAGCUCAGCAAGUUUGGCGAGCUUGAGACACUCAAUGUUUGUGACAAUCUUGCUGAUCAUAUGAUUGGGAAUGUUUAUGUUCAGUACAAGGAGGAGGAUCAAGCUGCUGCAGCUCUACAGGCGUUACAGGGGCGGUUCUAUUCGGGUCGACCAAUAAUUGCAGAUUUCUCUCCCGUGACUGAUUUUCGUGAGGCUACGUGCAGGCAAUUUGAGGAGGAUAACUGUAACCGUGGGGGCUAUUGUAAUUUUAUGCAUGUGAAAAUGAUAGGGAGGGAGCUUAGGAGGAAGCUGUUUGGGAGUCAUCGCCGCAGGUUCAGAGGAAGUAGGAGCCGCAGCAGGAGUGUGAGUCCUCCACAGUACCACAGGCGAGAUAAGGAGAGGGAGAGAGAAAGGGAGUACGAUCCGCGUGAUCAUCGUAGAGGGGAUAAUCGAGGUGGUGGUGGGAGGAGGAGUGGUAGCGACAGACAUGGUAGGUACGAGGGAGAGAGGAGGAGGCAUGGGGCUAGUCCUCUUCCAAGGAGGAGCAGGAGUCCAGUGAGAGAAGGAAGUGAGGAGCGUAGAGCUAGGAUUGAACAGUGGAACCGAGAGAGGGAGGAGAAAGCAUAAUGAUGCAGUUGUUCGGAUUGCUCGUCUUCCGUCUAUCCUUUACUUCAGAUGAGGGUGGAAAUGGAGCUGGCUAGUUAUGCUGUUUUUGUACUUCUGGUGAUUAUUCUAGCUAUAUAAUUCUUAUGCUUCUCAAAACUUCAUAAUAUUGUUUUUAUUUCAUGGGAUAAUGAUGGUGAAGUUAGAAUCUAAAACCAGUGUCUUCUUUUCUUUAAAUCUAGUGAUUGAAGACUGCUGGCUGAUGUUUAUAGUCCUCUUACAAUGGCUUAACAUUAUUCAUUGUGUUGCCAUGAUGCUUAUAUAUUUGCUCUUGUUCUUUAUUGUGAAAUUUAUCAGCAGCACUGACUAUUUUUAUA